AUGCCGACGAUGGUCUCAUAUUUUGACAAGGUGAUUGAUCUGAAACCUGGUAAAACGACCUGGAAAAUAAGGGUCCAUAUUGUUCGUCUGUGGAGACAAUUCACCGUAGCAGGUAUCCAGAGUAUUGAGAUGGUUUUAGUUGAUUCCCAUGGUGAUGCUAUUCAUGCAACUAUUAGUGAGGAAUUAGUUCCUACAUUUGAAUCCAACAUCCUAGAAGGUGACUCGAAGAUUUUCUAUAAUUUUCAACUUUCUCUAUCCACCGACUCCUAUCGAACAACAAACCAUCCUUACAAAAUUUUGUUACAAGACUUUACUCGGGUUCGAUUUUGUGAGGAUAUGUCGUUCAGUUCGACCGGUUUUAAACCUUGCAGUUUUCAUGAUAUCUUAAACGGUAGUCUGAACCCGCAAUAUUUGUUCGAUAUUAUUGGUCAGGUUGUGGAGAUUUCUAAUGUUGAAAUCGUCUCUCUUAAUGGAAAGGACACCGAAAAGAUUUCGUUAGAGUUAAAAAAUCCGGAAGAUGUUAGAAUUCCAUUGGUUGUAUGGGGUAAAGUUGCUCUAGAGCUAAGCGAAUCAAUUGAACUUAUUUCUGAAAAAACUGUAAUUUGUGUCAUGAGAUUUGCAAAGGUCAAAGUUUGGAAAGAUAGGCGAAGUGUAUGUAAUGCAUACAAUGUUUCUUCUAUCUCCCUUAAUCCGUGGAUGAAGGAGGUCGAUGCUUUCUUAUCUUUGUUACCAAAGAAAAAUACAGAACUGAUGUCCGUUGAUUCCAAACCACUUCCUAUGGUUUCAAUUGGGUCAGACGAAGAAGACUACUUCGUUCAGACUCCACAGAAAACAAUAGCUGAAAUAUUGGAGACGACCAAGGUGGAGAGGUGUUUCCUAAGGUGCACCAUAGCGGCUAUUGAUAGUGAUUUGGGUUUGCACUAUAUGAGUUGCAAAGGUUGUGGUACAAAAAUAGACAUGUUGCAUAAUAACCUUUGUGCCGAAGGUACCUAUGAACUGGAUAGGCGUUUUAUGUUCUAUUGUACUAAGUGCAAGGUUCUCAAUCCUAAGCGGUCGUUAAGGCCGAAGCUGCAUUUGGUGGUACUAGAUGAUACAGGUCACACUAAGCUUUUGGUGUUAGAUAGUAUUGCACUCCAAUUGCUCCAUCAACCUUUCAGUCAUGCAAUGACACCUAUCAAAGAUAAUGGAGAUACCAGUGUUUUGCGGACUGCUCUGACCAAACUGGUUGGUAAAACCUAUUUAUUUAAGAUCAUAAUAGAUCGCAAUAAUUAUCAGUACAAGGACGAUACAUUUAAGGUCGCGAAGUUUAUCACCAGCCCAUAUAUGAUGAACGAGUUUGAUGUGUCCCCUUGUCCUAAGGGAUGCUCGAAUACGUUUUCCCCAGAGUUUUAUAAAGUGUCUCAAAUCCCAGAGCAUGCGAUGCUUGUACCUGGUUCUUCUUAUAGGAGCUCAAAAUUUAAGAUCAUGACUCCUGCUAAACGUGAAGGUUCUCCGAUCGAAAGUUUAGAAGCGAAUGCCUACCUCAGUGCUGAUACCAAACCUGGAGCUUCGUUUUGGAUCAAGAAAGAGAAGCAUUAAAAAGAGAACCGGUGUUUAAGAUGCAUUUUUAUAUUUUAUAGUGGCUUUUUUAUUCUUAUUAAGGUUUUUUUGCUUUACUUAACAAAUUAUUAGUUGAAUUAUCGUUGGCUUUUAUAAUACUUAAUAAGAUUAUUUUCCUUACUAGGUUA